UUAAAUUUAAAAAAAUGAUGGUCUCAAUUGGGUAUGCUUAUGAACUUAUUGGGCCAGAGGAGUACCCGAACAUUAUCCUUCCACUGCUAAGAGAGGGAAGUAUUCGCUGCUCUGUGAAGCCAGCCUCACGCAUUACCCUCCAUUUUAAUGGCCACUGUAUCUCAACUUUCGAAGAGAUCUCAUGGCCACCUCUGAGAUUGGAACGGGUGCACAGUUUUAUACUUCCCUGGCCCAGCCCAUCAGCAAGCCAAACAUUCCAUCACCUUAAUACUCCCACUUGGGUUACAAGUCCACGUUACUGAACUCAGUGACCC